UCUGUCUCUUGCCAGUAAACAGGGAUCCAGAUUGCAAGUAACAGGCUGCAGGCAGCGAGUCAUUUUUUCCGACAGCUCAGGCACCAGAGGAGCGCCGCAGCACUCACACACUGCUUUUGUCGCUGGGAUUUCUCUGCUAAGCCUGGAGAUGCUCCAGGAGGAUGUGAGCUGGCUCUGGCUCUGCCUGUCCUGCUGCCUCCUGCUGGGGCUUUGGGUCCCGGUGGAGGGGACAGGAGCGGCAGGGCCUGUUCUGCGGCUCACCCCAGACCAAGUGUCUGGGGAAGCAGAGCUAGAAGACUGGGAGUGGGGGUCUGGUGCCUCCGUGCUUCAGGACCUGCUGCACAGUUUUCCAGCUGACAGCCCCUUCGUCACAGAGACUCCUGGAAAGCCGGCCAACUGCACCCAGCGCUUCUGGCUACCCCCAGCCUCUACAGUAUGCUGGGAUGACAUCGCCGGGCCAGAGGAGUUUGCAAAGUCUCGUCUGCUUGUUCUCCAGAACAGGGCUGCCCUGCAGGCCGUGUCCACCUCCAGUGGCGUGGAGGAAGGAGGAAUCUCUUACGACCAACAAGCCAGAGACGAGGUUCAAGGGAUCCUGUCAGACCACCAGAGCAUGGCAGAGACAAUAGGAACCAUGCAGGAGGUGUUCCUCUCACUGGAGGAGAAAAGAAAAAACGACAAGGAGCAACGGCUCUUAUCAAGCAUGAAGGAGCGGAUUGCUAGCACGAGGAACUCCAUAGCUGGCAAAGACCACGUGGCAGCACUUCUGGAGAACCAGUUCUCUUCCCUAGAAAAGUAUCUACUCAACAUGCAGCUUCGACUAAGCAAACUAAUGGCACAAUGAUAUCCUGAUACCUGUUCUUUCAUUGGUUGGAUGGCAUUAAUAUUCACAUACCGCGCUGUAGGACAAUGAAGCAGAUGUAUGCAUGCUCAGGAUUAUACUGUUACUCUGUAGUGAUGUAUGAGGACAAAGUACAUUCAUGAUAUGCACUGUAUUAUUUUGUCACCAUGUGUAGCCUAUAACAAAUGUCGCUAUGCAAACCUCUCAAUAUCAGGGAGGAUGCGGCUAUUUUAUGUUCCCUACUGCGAGCAAGCUCUUUAUUUAGAUUCAUGAGUUACUGAUUACACUAAUGGGCUCUAGUAAAGCUGCAGCACACGUGUGAGGCCUUGCGUUGAAUGGAUGAGAUUUUCUUCACGAUUCAAGGCUCACAAAUUAUAUUGUCACAUGAAAUGUGUGUUUAUCUUGCAAGACUAAGACUGUAAGAAGGAAUGUUUCUGGUGCAAAAUAAAUACACAUUACAAACCUUUAUUUUCAAUAUCAAAUCUAUACAAUUUUGUAAAUACAAGACAUGGAUGCACUGUGAGGUGACCAGUUGUUAAAUAUUCACAUUAUGCUGAGUGUGAAUUUCCAUUUGCCAAGACAACACAUGCCUAGUUGCCACACAUUGCUUUGCAAUUAAACUGAGAAAAAGAGGUAUUUUUACCUUUCAUUAGUUCAAACAACUUUCAAGUCUACAUAAAAUAAAUUUAGUUACAACCCAGAAAUGUCAAUGCAUACCUUUCAGAAAAUGGUAAUCUUAAACUUUGAAUCAGUAACAUCAGCAG